UUGAUUUGACAGACCUUGAAGCUCAGUUAUAUCACGAACUCCGACCGUGUAUCACGUACAAAAUGAAUUUAAAAGGCAAAGUAGUCAUUAUAACUGGUGCAAGUUCUGGUAUAGGAGCCGAAACGGCUAAACUCUUCUCAUCCCAUGGUGCCCUGGUAACCGCUGUUGGAAGGGACGAAGUUCGUUUAACUCAAGUUGCUGAUAUUUGCGAAGCGUUUCACGGAAACAGACCUUUAUGUGUCCGUGUUGAUUUAACUGAAGACGGUGGCUGCGAAGAAGUUGUAAAAAAAACAGUGGAAACUUAUAAAAAGAUCGAUGUUUUAGUGAAUUGUGCUGGCAAAACUAUUGUGUCGUCUCUAUUCGAGAACUCAAUGGAGACGUUUGAUGAUUUGGUAUCUUUAAACCUUCGUGUACCAUAUAAAUUGUGUCAAUUAUGUGUACCUUACUUGAAACUAACAAAAGGUAACGUCGUCAAUGUUUUUGGUAAUAAAGGCGUACAUCGUCCUGGUUUUCUAUUAAGUGCGAUAUUAACCAGUGCUUUACAAAGCUUCACCGUGUCUGGUGCCCGGGAUUUAUCUUGCGAGGGUAUUAGAAUGAAUGCUGUGCGUCCUGGAGUGACUAGGACACAUUAUUUGGCUAAUUUUAACGUGGACGAGGACUUAAUGGACCUUACGUAUAAUGAAAUAGCUAAAGCACAGCCUCAGGUGAUCAAUGAGCCAGAAGACGUUGCCAAGAUGAUUCUGUUCUUAGCUGGAUAUGAACAUCCGAAUCUGACUGGUAAUAACUUAUGUUUAGACGGUGGUGCCACCUCGUGUUAAAAUUUGUUUUAUAUAACUAGCUGUCACCCGCGACUCCGUGUGCGCGGGAUUAAAAAUAGGUGUAGGCCGAUUCUCAGACAUACUCAAUAUGCUCACAAAAUUUCAUGAGACUCGGUCAAGGCGUUUCGGAAUAGAAUGGGAACGAAAAUUGUGACACGAGAAUUUGAUAUAUAAGAUAAUCUCUUAUUACUUUAGAAUUUUGUUAUUUAGGUAAUAUUAAGCACAGGCUUAUGAUAUUUUUGCUAUACUUAUAAUAUUAUAAGAUAAGAUAAAAAAUAUCAAUGACAAGAAAAUCGUGACAAAUCUUUUUGAGACUUAUUUACUUAUGCGUGUUAUUUGAAAAUGUAUGAAAUGUGAGAAUUUGUAAAAUUUUUAAUGUAGUGUAAAACGCUAUUAGACUUACAAACAAUAGGGGAACUUACCCAUACUACUUGUCCCGUUUUUGAGGGGUUUAGCGGAGUCUUUAAAAUACUACGGUCAGUCACAGUAAGGGGGGGGGGGGCUCAGGUUUUUGUGACGUAGUCGUUAGUUGUUCUUUUUCAUAAUACAUUAUUCACAAGUAAUUUAAGUAUGCGCGCAGUCUU